AUGCCAGCGGACCGAGGCCGCGCUUCCCGAGCAUGCGCCUCUUGCAGAAAGCAAAAGACACGAUGCUAUGAACCUGGAACCCCCGGAAGACCAUGCCUUCGAUGCGAGCGAUUGCGCCAGCCUUGCUCCCUUGUGGAGAUCGAGUCCCCCGCAGAAGAGGUUGGUGCUGUCUCCGCACCUGGGACGGAUGCGCGACUGGAACGCCUGGAGCAAACUGUGGCUAUUCUCCUCGAUCGGCUAGGAGAGAACCCUGACAGGAUCCCUGACCGGCAAUUGCACAAGUCUGCUGCGGCUUUCACGACCCCGGAGUCGGGCGAUGUGGCGUACAAAGACACCACGGAGUCGGCCGACGCCCCGGUGAUCAUGAUCCGCGAUUUGGCUACGGAGACCGCGGUGCGCCCAACGGCCAAUACAAAAUCGGUUGAUGCAGUAUUGGAUGAUCUGAUCUCGCCCGAUCUUGCCUUGACUCUUAUCUCGAUCUUUCUGGAGUAUUAUGGCCGAUGGAUUCUCUACGAGCCGCAAGAUGACCCAAAUGUCAUUCUCAAGCGAGUGAGCAAGUCGUCUCUCCUCUUCUGCGCUUGCUGCUUGAUCGCCGUGCGACAUACCUCUGAGGACCUGGCCGCCAGUUUGGCGCCCAAACUCUAUGAAUGCGCCCGGUCUCUGGUGUCGACCAACAUUCUCGUGUCGCCACAACCCAUUGAAUUCUUUCAGGGCACUCUUAUCCUGUGCAUGUGGUCCACAACCGUGGGACAGGUGCCGUUGAGCAUUGAUAGCUGGCUGCUCAGCGGAUUUGCUUUGCAGCACUGCCAAUCUAGUCCCCUGUUCACCGUGGCCACCACCCAGUCCAAACCUCCUGCCAGGCUGGACGACGCCACCACGGACCGUUGUUAUUUGUGGAACCACCUGUGCCUUGCUCAUCUGCACUACUGCGUCGGGACGAGCCGCAGAUCUACUCUGCAGGCCUGGCAGAUUGAGAGGUGCCAAAAUAUCAUCGAUUUGGAUCAUGCCCUUAAUUUUGAAGUGCGCAUGGUUGCUGAGAUUCAUCUUUACUGGACUGUUUAUGAAAAUCUGAUCGGGGAAUCUGUUGAUCUCCUCAAGUCCGUUGCGGCGCUGCAGGCCUGGAAACGAAAGUGGGAAUUCUUGCUCGAACAACCUCGAUCGCAAUUCCUCAUGAUGGGAUUCCAUUUCUCCAACCUGCUUCUAUACGAACACGCAUUGAAAUCCAAAUCAGCUCAAGCGCGCGACUCAAUCGUUUCCGAAAUGAUCCGCCAUUCCACUACUAUCAUUCAACUUGCCAUGGACACAGUCGAUGAUCAGACUCGCCAUCUCAGUGACCACAUCUACCACAUGAUUACCUUUGCAGCUAUUGUGAUUUGCCGCUUACUCAAUGUCUAUGAAGGCCAAUUGACAUUUACACACAAUAUCGCAGAGCUGGACUCUCUGAUCCACAGUCUUGUGGAGUGGCUUCCCUGCAUCGGGUUACCUUGCCAUGCUGCGCAUACCCUUGGCAAUAUCAUCGCCAAGGUGCAUCAGAAACUGCGUCCUCGAGUCGAGAAAACGCCGCUCACUGCGCUUGCGGAUGAGUUUCCCGAUGAAAACUUCAACAAUUACUAUUUCCCUGAAUUUCUGGGACUGGGGACCACGGUGGAUGGCGGAUGGGACCUCCUGUCGAACUUGACAUUUUUCCCACAGAGCCCCCCAAAUAUGACGCCUGGUUGA